CAUAAUAUAGGGCAUGGUACGAUUUUGCUGUUCGCGCAAUUUUUUAUUUGUCAAUUUCAAGGUCUUAAAUACUUUCAAUUUCGAAGCCGUUUAAUUAAAUAAUUAGUAAAAAUGACGACUCCGACGUGGGACACUUUCUGCUGCACGUUCUCGGAGCAACACAAGAGUGUCGACGAGCUACUGAACUUUAGAUACAAGCCAUUUAGCAUCGUUUCUCUUAUUUCUGCCAGUUUAGGGGUGUUUGGUGCCAUUUACCAGAUCGUUCCCAUACACGAGACGGUACAAAGGAGGUCGGCCCUGUCUGGUGAAAGACAAAGAAAAAUCAUUAAACUCUUAGCCAUAGCAGAUUUAUUUGCCUGUCUUGGAAUUAUAGUCAGAUCUGUAAUGUGGAUCAUCUUUUAUGAAAAUCGAACCGAAUCUCAGAGAAUGAACGAUCAUAGAUUAGCUUGUGCGCUAAUUUCUUUUUGGAUAAUGUACUUUUAUACUUCUACUUACAUGUGGACUGUUUGUUAUGCUAUCGACGUGUAUGUUACACUUAAAGAAAAUGCUUGGCUCCCUCCUAAUGUGGGUUCUAGUUACACUACCAAAAGAUAUAGCUCACGUCAAAUCAUACAAGGUCGCUUGGGUCGUUACACCGACCAGGAGCGUUCGCUCGUUAAUAAAUUGAAGAUGAAAUUUUCUCACAUUGUCAUUGUGUUUUAUGUGUGUUGGUUGCCUAAUAUAAUCAGUAACGUCAUUCUGUGGUCUGAAUGGAAGAGGCUUCACGAAUGGCAUGUAGAUCUCCGAGGUUUUAUAAUCGGCCUGUGGUACUUCAUGGCGAUCGUGAAUCCUCUUCAAGCUGUACUUAAUUCGGUGGUGUACAGAGGAUGGGCUAAUUGUUCCAAUUUGAAGACGUUUUUCGCCAACAUGUUCCGAAAUAGGAUUACGCUGGGAAUAAUACCGGACGAUUCUGUAGAAAAUGAAAGGAGCGACGAGGUAAACGGAAGAGAACAACUUAUAAACAGAGCCUAAGAAUAAUCAAGCGAAGAGAAGAUCUGCAACAAUAAAUUACAUAUAAGAUCUGUGUUUUCGUCAAAGAAAAGCUAUUUUUGUAUGUGAUAUUGGUCUUUUAUCUUUCUGCAUUUUAAAUGCUGUUUGUAAUAGCUUUUUUUAAAAUUUAUAAAUCAAUUAGAUGUCUGUUUUAUAGAAACAAACAUUACAAAGGCCAGUUAUUGUUAAAUUACAGUCUUCCAUUAGUUUUUAUGAUAUUUAGCAUAUGAUGUGUUUGUUUACUUUAUACUAUAUAAUAGAAUGUAGUACAUAAGGAAAAGAAUUUGUGUAUGUGCAAAUGUUCCGCUUUGUAUUGUGCCAUUCAAGAGAUUUGCUUAUUCUACAUCAAGUGGCUGUAGAGAUUGCCCUUUAUGCAAUUCUUAUUUACAGAAUUGACUAUUUAUCAUGAGUAAAUGUAUCUAUCCUGUAUGCUUGGUGUAAAGUUUUAAACAGAGCAGUGUUGUGAGAACAUGCAAAAUAAAACUCUCUAAAUCAAGAAUUUUUACCUUUAAUAUGGUGUUUUGAAGUGGACAUUCUAGUAAUGGAAUGUUAAUUGAAGAAAUCUUUCGGUAAAGGUGAAAAAUUCUUGCAUUAUCGCGAGUUAAAAUUUAUUUCGCGCACUCUCUUAAUGCUGCUCCAUUUAAAGUUUUGUUUCUCAGAAGAUAAAUAGUUGAAAGAUACAAAUUGUGAACAUUUAUCUCCAUUUAUUAACCAUCUUUAAUCCUUUAUUAAAAUUAAUUGACCUUCUAUAAGUGUGCAAACACUUCCUUCAUAAACAAACAUCUAAUUGGUUAUAAUAGUUUACUUUUGAAGUAUUUUCUAGUUAUAUAUACACAGAUAUGAUUUACCAAAACAUAUUUUAUUGUCAAGGAAAGUAUUAAAUAAUUGUUCGAAAUGAAAUCUUUAUACAUGAAAAACAUAAAUCAAACAAUAAACUGUACAAAGGACAGUACUGUACAUACAUAAAAACUUUCCUAGGGAGAGCCUAUGUAAACAUCAAACAAUUUGUAAAUAUUUAUUAGUAAAUGCAAAAGUAUACAAAUUUCUUAGACAAUA